UAGGCAAUUUUCCUCUCUUUCUCUUCUUUAAGAUCUGAGCAUUCCAGUUCUUCAGAGUCAGCUUGCCCCAACAUGGCUAGCUGUGCAGACACUGAUCUGAGGAUCAUUCUGAUAGGAAAAACCGGAAAUGGAAAGAGUGUUUCAGCAAACACCAUCCUAGGGAGAUCUGAAUUUGAGUCUAAGAUUUCUGCCCAUGCUGUUACCAAGACCUGCCAGAGAGCAACCAGGACAUGGAAGGGGAAAGAGCUGGUUGUAGUUGACACUCCUGGGUUCUUUGACACCAAGGAGACCCUGAGGACCACAUGUACAGAAGUCAGCCGCUGUGUCCUCUACUCCUUGCCUGGGCCUCAUGCCAUCAUCCUGGUCCUACAGCUGGGUCGCCACACUGAGGAGGAGGAGAAAACUGUUGCUCUGAUCAAGGGUAUUUUUGGGGAGGCAGCCAUGAGGUAUAUGAUAGUCUUGUUCACUCGCAAAGAUGACCUUGAGGACCGGAGCCUUGACAGCUUUGUUGAAGAAAAUAAAAAGCUAAAAGACUUCGUCGUGCAGUGUGGGAAUCGCUACGUUGCCUUCAAUAACAAAGCAGGUGAGGCCGAGCAAGAAACGCAAGUGCAGGAGCUGAUAGAGCUGAUAGAGAACAUGGUGGACAGAAACGGAGGGUCUUACUUUCAGGAGAAGAUCUACGAGGACACAGAUAACAGCCUCAACGACUAUCUAAACAAUCUGGAGGAAACUUAUGCUCAAGAAUUAAGUCUUGAAUUCCAAAGAAUAGAAAAGGAAUAUGCUAAUAAAUCAGAAAAAGAAAAGGAGGCAGAAUUGAUUCUGCAAUGA